AUGGCAUCAGGCGCGCACAAGGAACCUCGCAAGACAAGAAGAACAGCUAAUGCAUAUCUCCAAGAUCUUCAAAAGCGAGUAGAGCAGCAACAACGCUCACCGUCAAAUAACAUCUUCGACAAUGCAGGACAAAUAGACACAGCAUUUACAUAUCGCUCACCGCCCACGGCCUCAGUACCACCUCCAUACCGCUCAUCAAUGGACGCAGCAUCCGUCCACUCUCAAAACUCUCACCCCUCAUAUUGUUCGCCACCAAUAUCAUCAUCUCAAGUUGGAGGAGAUAGCUACUCUCCCGGAUUGAAGCGCACUAACGAUGCUGCUUUUGGAAACGAUGUCAAUGGUCAGUGCGGGGUUGAUACCAGUCUUGCUUCUCCUGCGCUCACGGUAGGCUCCCAACAACAAUCUGACCCGUCCGUUCAAGAUGCAGCUACCUCGUCCUAUUCGCAACAAACCGGCGAGUCGCCGUUAACCAUCUGGCCGAGUGCGUUUACAAUACCCUCCAAGAUCAUUAAGAACACUCGCAAGAACAGGCGCACGUGGAUAUGGCUUGCGCCUUGGUCGACGUGGUCGUUUACUCUGCGACUCAUGCUCAUGCUCGGCGAUAAGCUACAGCCAGGCGGUCUCAACAUACCACCCCAAUUAAUCGAAGAAGAUGUCUACAAGCUGUCCUGGCAACAACUGGACAGAGCCGACGUCUCCGGCCUCCCCUCCCUCGACUACGCAAUCUAUCUUUUCCACACUUUCAAAUUCCACCUGGGCCAGACGUAUCGUCUCUUCGACGAGGUAGAAUUCGUGAAUCAGAUCCGUGAUUUCUAUUCUGACGCGCAGAGCAAGGCAGAGGAGAACCGCCUCUGGUAUGUCAAGUUUCUCUUGAUUCUAGCCUUUGGAACAGCAUUCCUCUCCUCCCAGCCUCUCCCAUCCAAGGAACCCCCCGGUGCAAAGUUCUUUGUACGUGCGAUGGGUCUAAUGCCGGAUCAUACGGCUCUUUGGAAGGAUAGCUUAUUUGCGAUAGAGGUUUUGGCCAUGGUUGGCUUGUAUUUGUAUUCGAUUGAUGAGAGGGAGUCUGCUCACGUAUAUCUUGGCCAGGCUAUUCGAAUAGCUCAGUUGGAGGGUCUGCAUACUCAAUUACCUGACAGUGAGCUCGGCAGUGAGACAGUCACUUCUUGUCGUGAUUUAUGGUGGACGUUGUACAUCAUGGAUCGACACUUUUCGUCUUCUUUGGGACUUCCUAUGUCUGUUCAAGAUAGUGACAUUUCUACACCAGUCAACCCACCGAAUGUUGGGUCACAAGAUGAUAGCGCUCGCAGUCUUCAAGUGAACCUGUCUCAUCUGCUUUCCGUGAUAUUAACCACACUUUAUAAGCCGGAGAAAACGCCACUUGACCAGUUCCUCGAGCAAACCAAGGCAAUCCUCCAUACGCUUGCUCAUCACGCCCAAGAAAUUGAAAGAAUCAUAUCUCUGAAAUUCAAAAACUCGGUAGAUACCAUGCCCCGAGGCACAAAGUACAUAACUCUUCUUUACCACCAGUGUGUUAUUGUCGCCACAAGACCUCUGUUACUCUCAGUUCUUAAAGAACGCCUUGACAUUCUCGGCCAACCAGGCAAUGAAAACUCUGAAGCUUUCCUCGGCCAAACAGCAGCCGUAAUCUCAACCGGUAUAAAAUCAGCUGUCAAGACACUCCAAAUCCUCACCAGCGAGUAUAGUCUCCUCGGUACGCAGCCCAUACCCCUCCUCAACUUCUACUUACAACCCGCAGAGGUUUUUCUCCCUUACGAUCUCGAAUUCACAUUCGGCGCCGCCCUUCAUCUAAACAUGGCAACCGCCCUCUUCCCCGGCGUAGCAGACGACCAAGGCUGCCGUCUGCUAAUCCACCAACUCCUCGACAACAUGAUCGCCCGCGGCAACCGCCUCGCCUCCGUUCGAAAGCAAGAGCUCGUAUAUCUCGAAGCACAGUGCCAAGAGCUCGUGGCCCAAGUCCAGCAACAAGGUCUUCAGACGUUAUCCCUCGCAGUAACAGACGAAGAUCUAGCGAGAAAGGCCGACGAGGAGCAGCAACGACUUCUGGCGCAGGAGACGCUGGGGAUGGAGGUUCCGAUGAAUUGUGUGCAGAAUCCUAUGACGAGUGAUAUGGAGUUUCUUGAUAAUAUUGGGAUUUCGUCGGAGGAGUUUUUGUCCAUUGUGCAUCAGAUAGGGGAUCCGGAUAUUAUGCCCGAGAAUAUGUUAACUUUGGAGUAA